GCGCCCUACUACCAUCCAUAGCCAGCCAGGAGCUUCAUUCAGGCUUGGUGCAGCCCCGCUGCGAGUGCGGAUCCGUGUGCGAACCGCGACCCAGUGGACGCACCCCAGGAUUUGGUGGUCUGAGGAGGAAUUGGUGUUGCACUUGGGCGUGAGGAGAAGCCGCAAGGAUGCCGAAGAACAAGGGAAAGGGAGGAAAGAACCGGAAGAGAGGAAAGAACGAGGCGGAGGACGAGAAGCGGGAGCUGGUGUUCAAGGAGGAUGGGCAGGAGUACGCGCAGGUGUUGAGGAUGCUCGGGAACGGGCGGUGCGAGGCGCUGUGCAUCGAUGGGACUAAGCGGCUUUGCCACAUCCGGGGGAAGAUGCACAAAAAGGUGUGGAUUGCGUCGGGGGACAUCAUAUUGGUGGGUCUGAGAGAUUACCAGGACGACAAGGCGGACGUGAUUCUGAAGUACCAGCCGGACGAGGCCAGGCUUUUGAAGGCGUACAGCGAGCUGCCCGAGAACGUGCGUCUGAACGAGGGUAUCGCCGGAGGCAUGGACGAUGAGGAAGACGGUGGCGGUGACGACUACGUGGAAUUCGAGGAUGAAGACAUCGACAAGAUUUGAGGAGGGUGCGACGCUGGGUUUGUGUUGGGGGCGUACGCAGCGGAGGGCGUGGGAGGUGGGGGGGGGGGGGGUGGUAACCCUAAGUGUCGAUGAUGUUUAUGUUCGUAGGAACAGGGACGAAGCUCUGGUGGACAAGUUGGUGAGAUUCCCGGUCUGCGAAGAGACGGAACGGAAGUGCGAAGUGUACAUGGCGAUGGAGUAUGGAGGGCGAUUUAGUGGAGUUAUGUGGUAGCAGGGCGUCCGUGGUUGGGGAAUAGGGUGGAAGGACCGGGAAGUGGGUGUCCUGGAAGUCCUGGAAGUGGGAUAUUUAUGAAUUCAGACUGCAUGUAUUUUGUUUUUGCGAUGUUCCGUCACUCACCUUGACGUAUAGCUUUUGGGAGCUUGAGUCAUGCGCGUGCUGGUUGUGGGCAACUUUGUCCUUGGGAGUUUUUUUUGCACUGUCCCUACACAUCUACGGUUCAGUCCUGAAACUGGGGCUGCGGAUGUGAAGGCCGUUGCAGUGCAGCAUGCAGUUUAUAGUUAGGGCAUUUCAAGAAUGACAGUUACUGGGUGCGUACAUAUGUCUGACAGAUUAUUAGUCUGCACGGUACUUUUGUGAAACUGGAGACCAAAUUAUCGAUGUUGAACAGAUAAAAUUGGUUGCUGUUCGCCGUUGUUUGUCUAACCUAAUCGAAAUUUAGGUCAGUGUGAUCUUGUAGGGCUUACUUUCUAUCAGA